AUGCGCGAAAUAAACCAUACGCCAUUUUGGAUUUGAAUGUCGGAGAGGGUCUAAAGAAGGGAAAACAUUAACUAAUAAAUCUAAUUCGUGAAGUGAUUGUUUCGUCAUUAAUUUUUUGGUCCACCAGGGCCUUCUUUUCGAGACUCCUACCAUUGUUUCAAAAUGAGUAGUUACCAGCUUAAUGCUGGCUCGGGUCCUACUAGGGCAAUGGGCUCGUCUGGUGAACCAAGUUAUAUGGAUCUAAGUAACAUGCCCGUGGACAACAAACAGCAGCAGACAAUGAUGUGGCAGCAAAAUCAGUAUAUGAGUGAUUCUGGUAUUCAUUCUGGUCAAACUACACAGGCUCCAUCAAUCAGCAGCAAAAGCCAUGGGGAUGAAAUCGAUGAUGGGGAUAUGGAUCCCUCAAAGAUGAUGUUUGAUUGGGGCUUGGGUGGUGAUGCUUACAAUCAAGAACAAGUUGACGAGAUCAACCAGCAGCUAAACCAGACCAGAUCCCAACGUGUGCGAGCUGCCAUGUUCCCUGAGACUAUGCCAGAAGGCGUUCAGAUUCCAUCCACACAGAUACAGCCUGAUCAGCCAACAGCUGUCCAACGUUUGAGUGAACCUUCUCAAAUGCUUAAGCAUGCUGUUGUCAACCUUAUCAACUAUCAGGAUGAUGCUGACCUGGCCACUCGAGCCAUUCCAGAACUGAUUAAACUGCUGAAUGAUGAGGAUCAAGUAGUUGUGUACCAGGCUGCUAUGAUGGUCCACCAGCUGUCAAAGAAGGAAGCCAGUCGCCAUGCUAUCAUGAACUCUCCACAGAUGAUCUCUGCAUUGAUUAGAGCAAUGGCAAACACGGAUGACAUAGAGACCACGCGAUGUGCAGCUGGAACACUGCAUAACCUCUCUCAUCAUAGACAAGGUCUGCUGGCUAUCUUCAAGUCAGGAGGAAUACCUGCAUUGGUUAAGCUACUAAGCUCUCCUCUUGAGUCAGUUUUGUUCUAUGCCAUCACAACAUUGCACAACUUGUUGCUUCAUCAAGAGGGUUCUAAAAUGGCAGUUCGUCUAGCUGGUGGUCUACAGAAAAUGGUUGCACUUCUACAGCGAAACAACAAUGUAAAGUUUUUGGCCAUCACCACUGAUUGUCUGCAGAUUUUGGCAUAUGGAAAUCAAGAAAGCAAGCUCAUAAUUCUUGCAAGUGGAGGACCUGGAGAACUAGUUCGUAUCAUGAAGUCUUACACAUAUGAAAAAUUGCUGUGGACUACUUCCAGAGUUCUCAAGGUCUUGUCUGUUUGCUCCAGCAAUAAACCAGCUAUUGUAGAAGCAGGAGGCAUGCAAGCUUUGGCCAUGCACUUGGGUCAUCAGAGUCAGAGAUUGGUGCAAAACUGCCUUUGGUCUUUAAGAAACCUAUCAGAUGCCGCUACUAAAAUGGAACAAAUGGAUAACUUGCUGAUGAUGCUUGUCCAGUUAUUGUCCAGCAAUGACAUCAAUGUGGUUACCUGUGCAGCUGGUAUCUUGUCCAACUUGACCUGCAACAACCAGAGAAACAAAGUCAUGGUCUGCCAGGUGGGAGGUAUUGAAGCUUUGGUCCGUACAAUUAUGCAAGCAGGAGACAGAGAAGAUAUUACAGAGCCAGCUGUGUGUGCCUUGCGUCACUUAACUUCUCGUCACAUGGAAGCAGAAAUGGCACAGAAUGCUGUACGUCUUCAUUAUGGUCUACCUGUCCUUGUGAAACUUCUCCAUCCACCAAGUCGUUGGCCUCUUAUUAAGGCUGUUGUUGGACUCAUUAGAAACUUGGCACUUUGCCCUUCAAAUCAUGCCCCUCUCCGAGAGCAUGGUGCCUUGCCUAGAAUUGUGCAGCUUUUGAUCAGAGCUCAUCAAGAUACUCAAAGGAGAGCUUCCAUUAGCUCUGGUGGACCUCCUCUUAGUGGCUAUGUUGAUGGCGUUAGAAUGGAAGAAAUUGUUGAAGGCACAGUCGGUGCUUUGCACAUUCUUGCUCGUGAAGCUCACAACAGAGCUGUCAUCAGAGGACUUAACUGCAUACCUCUAUUUGUCCAACUGCUGUAUUCUCCAAUAGAGAAUAUCCAGCGUGUUGCUGCUGGUGUGCUGUGUGAACUGGCAGCUGAUAAGGAAGGUGCUGAGAUGAUUGAACAGGAAGGUGCUACAGCUCCGCUAACAGAACUUUUGCAUUCACGAAAUGAAGGAGUUGCCACCUAUGCAGCAGCAGUUCUGUUUCGUAUGUCUGAAGACAAACCCCAGGAUUACAAAAAACGCUUGUCAAUGGAGUUGACAAGUUCUCUCUACCGGGGUGAUACGAAUUGGACAGAUCCUCCUGGAUUUGAUGAUAUGGCAAUGCCACUUGAAGAUUCCAGAGAUCACAUGUACAACCCACAUGGUUCUCAAAGUAACAUGUAUGGUGGGGGUCAUCACAUGGGACGAGGAUUAACAGGCUAUGAACAAGUUCCAAUUGAUUCCAUGCAAGGCUUGGAUAUUGGUAGCCAGCACAGCAGCAACUAUGGUCCCAUGGACAACUUGCCAGACUUGGCCAACCCUGGUGACAUAAACUUUGACAACCUGGACCCAGCACUCGGGCCCCCUACGGGAGACAAUCCUAAUCUCUGGUAUGACACUGAUGUGUAACUUCUGAUGCCUUGUGUGUGAGCAAUGUUUUUUUUGACACUCAUUUCAUGCUGAAGCAAUGAACAGUUCACAGGCAAUACUGUUGCAAAUAUUAUUUAUUUUAAUUUUGAUGGAUAAUCAUAGAUGCAUUAAAUUUUUUUUUCUUUUUAUGUAAUUUCAUCUUUUAACUUACAAAAAAAUAGACAAAGGCUCUAAAAAAAAGUGUUUAGAUGACUUUUAAGCACAUUAAAGACAUAUUCAAGUGACUUAAUGAAAUGUAUAACUUUUUAAAGUUUUAUUUUAAUAUAUUUAUAUAUUUGACUGGACUUUACAUGCACUAGAAAUGUACAAUAGCUUUGUGCAGUGAAAUCUCUUUCUGUUUAGAAGGAAGUUAGAUCUUUGCUGGAACACAUGUUCCUCGUUGUUUUGGUUUUUUAAAUGCAUUUACAGAAUGUUUAUUUAUCAUUCUUUUUUUUUUUUUUUAUUGCCAUGCUAUUGAAUAGUACCAUGAAUGAUUUCUAUGUAUGUCUUUUUAAUAUAGAUAUAUUUGAGAACAUUAUGUAUCAUAUUUUUUUAUACUUAUUUUAUGGUUUGAGAUAUUUACCUUGAAACAGCUGAUGAAACAAAGUCUAAAAUGAGGCUCUGCUAUUAUCAAUGAACAAUUCCUCACCAACUGCAGUUAUGGACCAGACAUUUUCCAUGUUCACAUUUGUCUCAUAAUUGCAUCUUUUCACCCUUCAUUUGUUUUUUGUCUCUUUAUUUCUUGCUACCGUACCAGAGGAUAGACCUUGCCUUUAAAUGAUGACAUUAAAAAUUUAUUUCAUUUCUAUCUCCUGCAGAAAAUAACAGCAACCUUUUCUUCAUUCAGGGAAUUCAGCUGUGUAUGAAUUUUGUUUUUUCUUAGUAAUUAAAAAUGAACAAAAAAGUUUAGAGACUAGAUAAUGUGGAGAAAAUUAUAAGAAUGGAAGUUAGAUCUUUGCUAAGUUUUUUUUUUGUCACUUAUGAUUUUUUAUCUUGGACUUAAAAACAAAAUACUGACCUCCUUUUUUAAAAAACAAAAUACUGACCUCCUUUUUUUCUCUUUUCUUAUGUACAAAACUAUUCCCUUUUUUUUUCUGUUAUUUUUUUUUUUAUGACAUAAUUUGCCUUCUCUCUGCCAAAGGUUGUGAAUAAUAUAUAUGAUUUUAAUGUAUUGUAAACAGAUGUGUAGAUUUCGCAUGUCGAAAACAAAAGGUAAUUAUUUUUUGUAUAUGUUAAUCAUAUCAUGGCAUAACAUAUUUGACACCAGGUAUAAAGAAUAUGUUAGCAGCAAAUCAAAAACAGAGAGCUGGAUUACAUUGAGUGUACAGUUUUUUUUUUGUUUUAGUGUCGUUUGUGUGUGUUGUCUUUUUUUUUUUCUCUCUCCUUUGAUCAUACCUACCUUGUACACAAAGUAUUCAUGGAACAUCAUUGUACUGCAGUUUUGUUUUUAAAAAAAAACAUUUUUUAACAUAUGCAUGGAUGGUCAAUAAAUAUCAUUUCUUUCAUA